AUGGCCCAGACCGCCCCGCCGUACUUGCCCUUGCGCCAGGCCGGUCACGACCACUCGCCCCGCCUCGGCUCGAUCGCGCCUCCCGACCCUCCCUCGCUCGACACCGCCGCAAAGCGCACCUCGUACCGCCCGCCGAUCCCGCCAAAGCCCUCGUCUCGUACCGCGAGUCCCGGUCCGCCGCCGCACAACAUGGCCAGCAGCGGCUCGCGCGCCCACGACGAUGCCGACGUCGACGACCAGGCCGCUCCACCAAGCCGCGAGACGAGCCCGACCCUGUGGAUGCGCGCCAUGGCCCGCGACCGCGGCAUGUCGACGCCCUCGCCGCCGCCCUCGACCGGCGACGCGCGCUCGGCCGGCGCGAGGACGCCCCGCUCGGCUCGAGGGUCGCCCAUGAUCGGCAGCAGCGCCGACGGCGGCAGCCCUUCUUCGCCCAGCCGCACCUUUCCCUCGCGCCCGAGCCCGCGCAUGCCUCCCGCCGUCCCUCCUCGCCCCGUCAACCUCUCGUCGCCGACCGCCCGACCCGCACGAGCCGACAACGACGUCUGCCUCGGCGACCCGCACCUGCCGUCCGCGUCGUCGUGCCCCCAAACCUCGUCGCCGUUCGCCUCCCUACACGCCUCCCUACACGCCUCGGACGCCCCACGGCCCAUCCCGACCAUCACGACCUCGCCCUCGCGCUCCCCCGACCGCUGGCGGUCCCGCCCGCCGCAACACCCCGGCACCGCCACCGCCGGCGGCGCGUCGACGCUGUCCUCGUCGGCGUCGUACAACUCGUCGCUCAACACGUCGUCGUCGUCGUCGGCCACGUCGGCGUUCAACGCCCUCGGGCGCGGCCUCCAGCAGGCCAAGCUCAAGGACCGCCUCGGCGCCGGCGUCGGCUUUGCGCGCGACUGGGGCGGCCGCGGCAAGGGCAAGCUCCAGGACGGCUGGAGGGGCCUCCAGGCGCACCGCACGGCGGCGUCCGUCUCGGGCACGGGCGACGCGCCGUACGCGCUCGCGAGCCCGCCGCUCGUCGGCUCGUCGCAGCUCGAUGCCGCCGCCACGGGUGCGCCGGCCGGCGGGCCAGGCGCGCUUCGCCUCCCGACGACGAUCUAUGGCGUGCACGUGCCCAUCGCGCGAGGCGUCGCGUUCGGCGCCUCGCUCGUACCGCUCGUCGAGCGCACUCGGGCACCUCCUCGAGCGGCGGCCGGCCCGGCCUCGUCGUCCUUGACGCACGGCGUCGUCGUCGAGGAGGACGACGAGGGCGACGACGACCCGGUGACGGGCUCGAGCGCGCGGCACUGGCUCCCGGGCGCAGCGUUCCGGCUUCUCGAGUACCUCGAGCUGUGGGGCCCGCGCGAGGAGGGCGUGUACCGCGUGCCCGGCAGCAGCCACAUGGUGGCGCAGCUGCGGUGCAUGUACGACGCCGGCGUCGGGCAGGAGCUCGACCUGAGGGAGAUCGGGCCGGCCGACCUCGACCCGCAUGCGGUCGCAAGCGCGUUCAAGGGCUUCUUGCGAGAAAUUCCCGACCCGCUCCUGUCGCACCAGCUCGAGCCGACGAUCGACGCCCUCACGACCGCCGCCCUCGGUCACCCCGCCUCGUCGUCCCACUUCCUCUCGGGCGCCACUGUCCUUCCCUCUCGCGGCAGCAGUCCUGCAGCGUCGCCCAAUCCCGCCUCGGCGCACGUCCCGCCCGACUACGUCGCCGAGCUGCGCACCCUCUUUACGUCCGCCCUCCCCGCCGAGCACUUCUACCUCCUGCGCGCCAUCGCGUUCCACCUCGCGCGGCUCGCGGCGCACGAGCACACCAACAAGAUGAGCCUCAACAACCUCAGGCUCAUCCUGAGCCCGACGCUCCGGUUCACGCCCGGGUUCGUCAACUUGCUCGUUGGCGAGAGGGACGCGCUCUUUGGUGGCGGUAACGACGAUGGACGAGCGCGACGAGACGCCGAUGCCUCCUCGACUUCUGGCCCAGCACCCUCCCUCGCCCACGCCUCGUCAUCGUCCUCCUCCUUGUCCACGAGUCGCUCCUUUGCCGGCGACCGGUGGCUCGUCAUCGACGAGCCGCCCCUCUCGCUCUCGCCCUCGACCGCUUUCACCUCGACUUCCUCCGUCUCGAGCCGCCCCUCGCCGACGCACCUCUCGUCCAGCAACGACUCGAUCCCGACCUCGACUCGCUCGCCCUCGCCGCAGCAGACGCCUAUCGCCGACCGCUUCGCCUCGGCAUCGACGUCGCCCGUGUCGUCCAUCGUCGCGCCGCCGCCGCCGCCGCCCCGAGGAGCAUCUCCCGCCUUCUCGGCCUCUUCCACGGCACCCAUCCUUGCGCCAAAGCCGUCCCUCCCUCCACUUGACCGCCCAGAUCGCGCUACACCGGGCUCGGCAUCAUCUCGAGCCCGAUCCGCCGUCACGUCGACCUCGCCGACCUCCUCCCCGCCGCUCGCCGCCGCGCCCUCGCCUCACCCAGGCUCGACGCCGCGCCUCUCGCUCGGCCCCGAGUUUCGCAGUGCGCUCGCCGGCCUCGAUGGUCCGCUCGACGCGCCGGCGCCGGCCGCCGGCCUCACGAGCGCGCCCACGUCUUCCUCCUCCCCGGUGGCGGCGGUGUCGGCGGUCGAGCAGGAGGCGCUCGAGCGCGAGAAGGACAAGGCGCGCAAGAAGGCGCGGCGGGAGAGCCGGGCGCUGAGCGGCGUCGGCGCCAUGCCGCUCGGGGUCGGGCUCGGGCUCGUCACUCGGCCGCCCGUGCGGCGCGCAGACGAGGUGGACGAGCGGCAGGCGGAGGCGAUCGCCGAGGGGGACGAGCUGGAGGCAGCGGAUGCCGCGAUGGGCUCGAAGGCGGCGCAGCGCUGGACGUUGCUGAGCGUCGACGAGCGGAGGAGGCUGUUUGGAGAGAAAGGGUCAAAGCGUACAACGCUCGACUGGUUUCAUCUACGACAAGCCCUGCCGGUCCCCUGCGAGCUGCCGCACAGCCAGCCCAAGCCGCGCCCGCCCGACACCUGGCGAGCCGUCGCACAAGGUCCAGAGCCCGAGCAGAACGGCACAAGCCGGUCGCCAGCGCAACGAGCGCCGCUCGUCGCACCUUCUGCCCCGCCCGGUCAAGGGCAGUGGAGGACGGGCGACGGCCAGCCCGAGCAGUGGGUUCCGCGCGAGGGAGCUGGGCGCCGGUGGAGGUUGCAGUUCCGUCCGCCGCAGCAGGACGAGCGCACGGCGCACCAAGACGCCGUCGACCCGGUUCCCCUUCCUCCUCCUCCUCCUCCUCGCCAAGCCAACCCUCCUCGUCCACCACUUCCUCCUGCCCCUCAUCCACCCGCACGCCCAGAGCCCCCAGUCGAUCCUCUGCUCCCCGGCACGCGCGAGUCGCGUCCGCACCUCGACCGCCCGUUCCUCCCGUCCGACGUUCACCCUCCCGGCGCACGGCCCAUCAGCCUCGACCCGAACUGGACCGGCUUCCCUGUCGACGCGCUGCACCUCGGCACCCUCGACGAGCGCCAGUUCACCCACUUCGGCAGCGAGCGCGAGGUGCCGCUCAAGCAGGGCCGCCUCGAGGUCAAGACGGGCGCGCGCAAGAACGACAAGGUCGAGCCGCGCGGCGAGGUCACCCUGAGCGGCAAGGGCUUCGAGGGCGACGCCGCCGUCAAGAUCUUCUUUGAGCCCGGCUCGCUCGGCGCCAUCUACUGGGCCCGGGUGCCCGACGUGCACGAUCGCGACCCCGGCGGCGGCGAGAGCGAGCGGUACCAUCUCGUGCUCUGCACGCGGUGGACGCCGCGCUUCUUCGCGUACAAGGCGCGCGACGGCGGCGACAACGUCGUCGGGCAAGUGCGCGUCACGGCGCUCGACCUCAAGCACGCGAGCAAGAUGUCGCUCCUGUCGCGGCACUUCCUCCUCGACCUGCGCCUGCCCCGCGACACGUCGGUCCAGGGCGACCCGCCGACGCCCUACUCGUUCGUCGACCUCCUCGGCUUCCUGUACGACGCGGGCCUCGUCGUCGCCGACCCGCUCCCCUCCUUCCGCCUCCUCGCCUCGCGCGCCUACACCGGCCGCGUCCUCACCCGCCUCGACGCCGCGCUCGGCACCCUGUCGCCGACCCUCGCCUUCCACCUCGAGGGCCUCGUGCGCACCGAUGGCACCCUCACGCCCGCCGAGGUCCUGCGCCUCAUCGACGAGCACGUCGUCCCGAUGGAGGCGACGGCCGAGCUCGGCGACGCCGUCACCGAGGACAUCCUCAUCGAGCUGCGCACGCUCCUCGAGGAGGACCGUGUCGCUCGAGCGCAGCGCGUCCUCCUGCGCCGUUUCUUCGACGUCGACCUCGACACGAGCUCGCCCGCUCUCGACGAGUGGACCGAGACGGCCCGAGCGCACGUCGUCGACGAGCGCAAGCGCGCCGAGCUCGUCCCGCAGGGCAAGACGGGAGCAGGAGCCGAGCACUUCUGGUGCAGGACGGUCACGGUGACGCCGAGCGGGAGCAUCAAGGUCGGCGGCCGCGUGGUGGAGAAGUCGAACGCCGUCAUCCGCCGGUACUACGACUCGGUCGAGGGCCACAAGGAGAGCGACCACUUCCUGCGCGUCCUGUUCCGCGACGAGGACGGCGCCCAGGUCGGCCCCGUGCUCAACCUGCCCGAGCACCACAAGCUCCUCGAGGCGAGCGUCGGGCGGGCGCUCAAGCAGGGCGUCAAGUUCGCGGGCCGCACGUUCGAGUUCCUCGCCUACUCGCAGUCGGGCUUGCGCGAGCGCGCCGUCUGGUUCGUCGCGCCCUGGGUCGUCGAUGAGGGCCUCAAGGUCAAGGUCGUCAACGCCGAGGCGAUCCGGCGCCGGUUCGGCAACUUCGUCAAGAUUGAGCGCAUGCCCGCCAAGCUCGGCUCGAGGUUCUCGCAGGGCUUCACGGCGUCGCACGCGACCGAGGUCCUCCACUACAACCAGAUCGACGCCUGCGACGACAUCCUCGAGCUCGACCAAAACGGGCACGAGCUCACCAACCACACGGACGGCGCCGGGCUCAUCUCGAACGACCUUCGCGACCAGGUCUGGGCGACGCUGCAAGACAAGGGCUUCCGGCGCAACCGCGACGGGCCGGCGCCUUGCGUGUUGCAGAUCCGCUUGGGCGGCAGCAAGGGCAUCCUCGUACUCGAUGAUCACCUCAAGGGCUCGCGCCUCGUCAUCCGCCCCAGCCAGAACAAGUACUUGGGCUCGGCCGAGACCGAGGGCGGCGAGCGCUUCUGCCUCAACGUCGCCGACGCCUUCACAAGGCCCAAUCCUCUUCGCCUCAGGCGUUGUCGACGAGGCGAGACCGCCGACCUCUUGCGCCCGCCAGACCGCCCGCUCAUCUCGGCGCUCGACGACCUCGGCAUCGACACGGACGUCUUCUUGCGGUACCAGAAGAUCGCCAUCGACGAGCUACAACCCGAGCAGCUGGCAACGCUCCGCGGCGCGCACCACGCCCUCAACCGUUUCUCGUUCGGCCUCGCUUCUCGGUUCAAGAGCCUGCUCGGGUCGCUCCUCGACAAAGGCCUGCCCGACUCGAUCCUGCGCGAGGAGCCGUUCCUCCACGGCGCUCUCGAGGUCGUGCGCGCCCGCAGCUUGCGCGACCUGCGCGACAAGGCCGCCAUCCCUGUCGCCGACGCCUACGUCCUCGUCGGCGUGCCCGACCAGGACCGUGUCCUCAAGGAGGACCAGGUCUUUGCGGCGCUGCGCUUCCCCGACAAGCCGGACGACGUCGUCUACCUCGAGGGCAAGAUUGUCGUCACGCGCAGCCCGAGCACCGACCCGGGCGACAUCCGCAUCAUGCACGCGAUCGGCAAGCCGCCCGCCGGAGCGCCAUGGCGGCUUUGUAGCCUCGAGAACUGCCUCGUGCUCCCGACCGUCGGCGAGCGAGCCAUCGCCUCGACGAUGGGUGGAGGAGAUCUCGACGGCGAUACCUACCAGGUGCUCGGCCCUGCCGACCUCGUCCCGCGCUCGAUGGCGAGCCCGCGCCCGUACGAGGGUGACCCGCCCCUGGAGCUCGACCGUGCGGCAACCAUCGACGACGUCGCCGACUGCCUCCUCGCCUUCAUCGCGUCCGACUCGACCGGCGUCAUCGCGACAAACCACCUCGUCGUCGCCGACAAGAGCCGGCUCCACGGCUUCGACCCGAUCUGCCAACAGCUCGCCGACCUCUACAGUCUCGCAGUCGAUGCCGCCAAGACCGGCAACGUCGUCUCGCUCGACCGCCUGCCUGACCUGCCCGACAAGAAGCGCCGGCCCGACUUCCUGCGCAAGACCGACCUCGACGACAUCACCGGCUACACCGACAGCUCGUUCGAGUACUACCCGUCGCAGCGCGCACUCGGUCACCUGUAUCGCGCCGUCGACGAGUCGGGUCUCAAGACGCCGAGCGCGGUGUACGGCGGGCCCGUUCUCGGCGACGGCAUGUCGGUCUCGUUCGGCUACCUGCGCCUCCUCGUCGAGGCCGACCUGGCGUCGUUGCUCGACACGCCGCCCGAGCCGCUCAAGCAGGUCCCGCCGUCCUACUACGACACGGUCGCGCCCAUCCUCGCCUCGUUCUCGGCCCUGUUCGCCAACAUCGCCCGCGCGCACACACCGCCUAACAGCACCGGCCGGCAGGUCAGCGAGCUCGAGCUGUUUGCCGUCACGAGCCUGCUCGCCUCGCAGCGGCACGAGGCCGCGCGCGGCAACGCCGUCGCCGCCAUGGCGCGCGAGGUCGCGGCACUCGUCAACUGGCUCGAGUGCGAGCUCACGAGCACGUCGAGUCGGGCGCGCGGCGAGCAGGUCGACGGCGAGACGCUGCGGCUGCGGUACAGCGCGUGGACGUGGGCAGUCGAGUCGGGCGACGAGUGGACCGUCGGCGUCAAGUCGGCACGGUGGAUCUGCCUCGCCCUCCUCCUCGAGACGAUGCGCGCAGAGAGGGCGAGGCGGGACACGCUCGACGAGGCGCGCUCGCCGAGCGAGGUGCACGGACCCGUCGGCCCGAUCUAUGGCCACGUGGCCGUCCACUCGCACCGGCUCGUCCGCCCUCAGCAGCCUACGCCGCCGCCUUCGCCCCCUGUCACCCGAUCGAGUCGAUCCAUCCCUUCCUCGACGCCGAUUCCGCCGGCGGUCCCGCUCGCGACGCGGCCGCGCACCUCGACCUCGCACCCCAACUCGCACACGCACCUGUCCACCUCGUCCCGCCCCGACGCCGUCCGCCCCGAUCCUCGCGCCAAUCCUCCUCUCGUCCCCCUCGUACCGCCCAUGCCCGCGUCCCGUCACUCGCUCGGCCCGCACGUCGCCGGCCCCGAGCCGGGCAACAACUUCGAGCGGCCGCACCGCCAGCGCCUCGGAGCCGAGCAGGCCGCCUCGUUCCCGCAGCCUCGUACUCGCUCUCCCACCACGAGCGAGACGAGCGACGCGGACGGCGCCCGAGCGGCGGCGCUCUCGUGGCCCUCGGCGGGACCGCCGCAGCCGCCGCACCUGCUCGGUUCGCUCGCCGCGCUCGCCACGCCGCCGCCGCAGCACCUGCUCGGCUCGCUCGCUGCGCCCGCUACGCCGCCGCCGGUUGGCGGCGGCGCGUUCGCGCUCGGAGCGUACGACUCGACCUCGGACGACGAGGACCUGCGCGAGGCCAGUGCGCGACAAGCGCGUGAAGCGCUCGGCUGGGAGCGCAGCGCCGAGUCGUCCGAGCGUCGAGCGGCGGGAGCAGGGCAGCAGAGCGCCGCAUCGGCCGAGUACGACGAGCUUGACGCCGAGGAGGCAGAAGCCGAGGCCGAGCGGGACAAGCUCUGGGAGGCGUUCAGGCGGCGCAAGUACCUCGAGGGCGUCGCCGUCCCGGUCCACCGCCCAGGGCGCAGGACGACCUCAACGAUCGUCUCGCACGCCGGCGGCUCGGGCAGCCAAGUCGGCUCGAGCUCGCUCGGGCCGUACAAGGGCGCGCCACCGGUCGCGCCCUGCCCGACCGCGCCGACGUCGUACCAGUCGACCUCGCGUCACGACGUCUCGCCGUCGCUCGCCCAUCCUGCUCCGCAGCGCGCCUUCCUCGACAACUCGGUCCACGGCGACGAGCUCGUCGUUGCCGGGCCUUCCUCGGGCGACUGGCGCCGACCGCAUCCGCACCUCGACAUCUACCAGCCCUGGUCGCCGCCACCAUACGCCCCAACCUCAUUCGGCGACGACCUCGGCCCGUACCCGCACGAGGAGCAGGCCGGCGUCGGUCCCGACGGGCUCGAUGGCGUCGUCGAGCAGCACCCGCAAAACGAGUACGAGCCGCCGCCGACGCCUCCCGACAAGCGCCGCGGCUACUUUCAAGGUGCGGGCGCGCCGUUCUGGGCUCGCUUCGACGACCGCGACGUCAAGCGCUACAAGUCGAACGUGAGCGGCGAGUCCAAGCUGGGCCGCUACGUCCUCGACGCCGACGGGCGGCCCUACCGCGACUCGAUCGGCCUAGGCGUGCUGCGCUUUCCAGAACGGCGCGGCGAGCCGCACGGGCGAGACGGCGCAGGGUGGGUGCCGGGCGGCGGCGAGGGCAGCUGGCUCGAGCAGGCGCAGCGCGAGGCGGCGGCGCGAGAGGCGGCGACGCAGGCGGGAGGAGCAGGGUGGGGCUCUCGCAGCGGGCGAGCGUGGUCGACGGCCGGCGCCGAGGCCAACGCUGCCGGCUGGCCGUCGCCUCCUGCGCAGCACGUCGUCGUCGAGCCCGCGCCGUCGAGCACGACCGCGGCGGACGCCGGGUGGGGCGCACCUCGCCCUCGCCCACCUCCUGCGCCCGGACCCUCUUCCGCACCUGCUCGCGCACCUCGGCAGAACUCGCACCGUCUCAUGUCGGACAUCAUGGCGACGAUCGAGGCGCGCAAGGCCGAGUCAAGCGCGGCCAAGAGGACGAGGUCACGCUGGAGGGGCGGGUGAGCGGCUCGAGCGUCGAGGCGGACGAGCGUUUCUCUUGUAGCUUUUGCGAGCGACUUUGCGAUUCAGGCUUUAGCCCUCG